CAAUGCUGAAGGAGCCCGUGGGCCUCUGUAUGUCUACAGAUAUCUUCCAGAUGGUAGUUCAGAUGAGAAAGAUGACCUGGUGGUUUGCAGCACAACUCAAGAACUUACAUACAACUGGAAGGUGAAGAAGGAACUUCAUAUCCUAUAAAAGCCUUGGCUAUCUGAAUAAGAUCUGUUAAAAAGCCUCAUCACCAUCACUACUGCUCCAGGAAAAAAAAAAAAAGAAAAACAACCCAAAAACCAGAGAAGAUUUAAGAAUUAGAAAAGAUGCAGGCUAAAGACAGCAAUCAACCAGAUGGUGGCUAUGGAUGGGUUGUGGUAGUGUCAGCCUUCAUGGUGAUGGGCCUCACUGUUGCUGUCCUCAAGACUUUUGGUCUGCUCUUUGUUGAAAUCCAGCAGCACUUCGAUGAACUUGCAAGCACCACUUCCUGGAUCACAUCAGUAACUAUUGCCGUCUUUCAUUUAGGAGCCCCUGUUGCCAGUUCACUGUGUGUACAAUAUACCCAUCGGACAGUUGUGAUCACUGGAGGACUUCUGGCUUUUUCAGGAAUGGCAUUAGGAUUUUUUGGACUCAACAUGGUCUGGAUGUAUGCAACGACUGGCUUCCUACAGGGUCUUGGCAUUUCCUUUUCGUGGACACCAGCCAUUAGCAUUGUUAGCCACUAUUUCUCCAAGAAAAGGGCUUUGGCCAAUGCUAUUGCCAGUGCUGGAGAAUGUGCCUUUGCAUUCAUGUUUGGGCCGUUUUUCCAGUGGUUGAUUAGUCAAUAUGGAUGGAAAGGUGCCCUCUUGAUCAUAGGUGGCAUCCAACUCAAUAUUUGUGUCUGUGGAGUAUUGAUGCGACCCCUGGCAAGCAGCUGCUUCCUUGAGGCCAGCCAUUGUGAAACUGAAACACCAUCUGGCAAUGGUGCAUGCAGGAGAGACGAAGAAGAUAAGUCUCCCAUCAUGCACAAAACCUUCAACUGGAUGCUUGUGAGGCGACCAGAAUUUGUACUUUAUGCCAUUUUUGGUAUAUUAGCUGCUAUGAGUUUUUUUGUUCCUCCAUUAUUUUUAGUUCCACUUAGUUACAGCCUGGGAAUAGAUGAAUCAUGGACUGCAUCCCUCCUAUCCAUUUUGGCAAUGGUGGACUUUGGAGGCAGAUUGCUGUGUGGCUGGUAUGCCAACCUCCAUGUUACCAAAACCAUUCAUUUGCUGGCAAUGGCGAUUACAUUGAUCAGUACUUCCCUGAUGCUCCUGCCACUGGCUAACAAUUACCUUUCCUUGGCAAUAUUCACUGGCUUCUAUGGAUUCUUCUUUGGUACAACAGUCGCCAUUCACAUUACAGUGCUAGCAGAUGUUGUAGGCAUGCCAGAAUUUGACAGUGCCCUAGGACUUUUCAUGCUAAUUCGAAGCACUGGAGGCUUUAUGGGGCCUCCUCUUGCGGGUCUGAUUGUGGACAUGGCUGGAGAUUACAGAGCAGGCUUCUACAUGGCAGGAGCCAUUCUUGUCCUAUCAGCUGGAUUUUUAAUUAUUUUAGAUCGACUCCAACAGAGAAAAAUAAGAGGAAGCAAGAUUAGAACUAAACCAGAACAGUCAACAUUACCCUACCCUUCUCUCCAUAUCCUGAAACAUCAAACCAGAAGGUAUGGAGAGCACAGUGUAGUGGUGUGACUACAUGAGACUUCUGACAGCAUCUCAAGGACACAAGGAAAUGUUUUAUUUUUGCCAAAUUCUCUACUAUUACAAUUUACAAAAGAACAGAAGUUUUGGGUAGGACUGUUUGAAACAAAGGAAGAAAGUAAUUAAUUUACAUGCAAACUAGAGCAGUAAUCAUUACCAUAUUAUUUUGAUAUUGAAGUUGCAUUUUGACUAUGCAAGUCUUCCUAGGGUCCCACAGGGCUGUGCUAAACGAAAUAGGCAAACCGUGGUCUAAAUUAAAUUGCCAUGAAGCAUGUGUGCAGCAGGUAGAAACCCUACCCCCAGUUGCAGACUGCAGCUAUCACUGAAAAAAAGGAAUAGGCAUCAGCUCACAAAUGCUUACUUGGGAAAGUAGUGCCCAGUAUUUUCAGUAAACAAAUUGGAUCUGAAAGCACAAGUAAAUGAAUACAGUUUUGAGCUAAAGGGUUUGCAGGUACUCUACAGAGCAGUGCUGGAAUAAGAUAAAUAAAUAAACAAACCUGAUAUAAGGUAAAAGUUAUAUGAGUAAUAGAAUACAGUAGAGAGAAAUGCAGUCCUAGAUAUCAGAAGUAAAAAGCAAAAUACACCCACACGAGAUGAAGUAAGGAUUGGUGAGAAGUAGAGGAAGACCUAAGGCUACAAUGGACUUCAAACUGAGUAAGAAUCCCAAAUGCAACCCUGUAUUAAAAAUAGCAAAUGUCUUUCUGUGUUAUGGUAAUAUAGAGGAGAUAACAAUGGUAAUAUAGAGGAGAUAAUGAUGCUUACAAGGCUUUAACUGGAAGAAGUACAUGAGUUGCAAAGAAUUAAGUGGAAUAUAAAUGAGAGAAUUAAGAAAACAGUCUGGGGAAAAAGUAUAAGAAAUAGUUUGCCUGGUUUAGAAGACAAAAAUUUUUAUAGGGCAUGAGAACAGCGUUCAAAUCCAUAAUAGGCUGAGGUGAAGAAAACAUGAUCAAUUCCUUUUCUUGUUAAGAGAACUGGUAAUUGAUAGCAUACACAGAAAGGCAGCUAUGUAACAGGAAAAAUCUUCAUUGUGGCCUGUUAAGAUACAAUGCAGGCUAUGAAUGCAGCAUAUGAAAACACAGAGAUAUCAGAGAAUAGGUAACACACAAUCAAGGAUCUAAAUAUAUGUGCUUCAUAGUAGGAUGGGGUAGAUGACUUCCUGAGGUCCCCUUCAGUCCCACAUUCCAAUUAUCCU